AAAAAAGGCCCGUUUUGGAAUGCUCUCAUUAUGGACUUCCUGUCCCAGUGUGGGAUUAGACAGUACUCUUACUCAGUAUUUAGAGGCCACACACCCUAUAGUUUAGCAUCUUAAAAUAGACACGUACAGGAGAGGAAGUUUUGUAGUGUGUGUCAUUGCAUUAUGUAAACAUUCUUACUGUGGCACUCUCAUUUUCUUGUAUAUUCUAGCUCCAGUUAUUGUGCCCCCACAGUAAUCUGAGUGUUGGCGAGCAGGAAGUGAUGCUGUUACCUUAAUGGAGAGUCAGCCUGUUAAAUAGCACUUUCUCUAGACAUACCAUUAAAUUCAGUCUUUAGCUUUAGCUAUAAACACUCUCUGGAAAGUACUCUCGUUCAUUUACUCUUCUGCUUUCUUGGACUUUGCAUUCGGACUACUAGAAGAGAAAGAAUGAAACCUGUCAUACUGAUUCUCUGUCUGCUUGGAGCAGCCUCUGCUAAUCCAAUCUUGCAUAAAAUGGCUAUGGAGAUGAUUCAGCAUGCAUCCAACUCUUCGGAAAGCUCUUCAAUAUCUGAAUCCUCCGACCAGAGUAAUACCUCAGAAGCUUCAGAUGAGUCUAUGGAAACGGUCUCCGACAGCAAUAGCUCAGAAUCAUCUGAAUCAGACUCUAAUGAACCGAUCUCUAGUGAAAGCCAUUCUGUGGAAAGUCUGAUUGGAAAAAGUGAGACCGCACUGACAUCAGAUAACACUCAAAGCAGUAGAGAGAAUACUCGUAGGGGCUGGAUCUACACCCUCAAAUGGGUCAAUAAGAACAACAAUGCCAUUGUGCAAGAGACCAGCCAGUCAGAAGAGAAUGACAUCAAAUCCACCAGUGAUGCACCAAAAACAAGUGACAGCAGUGAAUCGAGUGAAAGCCAGGAAAUGGUUGCUCUAAACAAAAAGGAAGAGGAUAAAAGUGCAGACACAAGUGAAAGCACUGAAAACCGUUAUACUGUUGAUGGUACAGAGUAUAGUACCAGCAACAGCAGCAGCAGUAGCAGCAGCAGCAGCAGUAGCAGUGAAAGCACUGAGUCCAAAAACAGUGCAGCCGACAGCGAAAGUCGCUCAACUGAGUGCCAGCCAGGAGCUAACACACAAGAAUGUGACAGUGAGGAAGACUUUCUGGAUAUCGGUGAUGAUGGUGCAACUGACCCUUUUAAUGGCAUCCUAAUGCCUGAUGUCACUGAGCCCUAGCAGCAGUUUAAGACAACUAUUAUGACUCAAUGCUCUGAUAUCUUACAAGUGGAAAUCCCAGGAAUAUAUCAAAAUGGGAAUGUUCUAUUAAGAAAAAUAUUUAAAGGAGGUUGUGUAAGGAAAUUUAUAUAAUAUUAAAAUAAAGCAUUAAACAAAUGUUAAUAAUACUGUAUUAUACAGUCUGUUUUUAAUUUAAGAUUACACAUUGUAGGCAUAGUUUGAUAUUUUUAUUCUUUUUUUUUUAUAUUUGCUUUUUAUCACUGGAUAUCUCUGGAGCUGAAGUUGUGACAGUAUUUUUAUAUAGAUUUUGUAGCUGUUUAUUUAUACUGUUGGUAUUAACCCUUUUCAAAUAAAUAAAGUAAAGAAAAAGUCAAGCAUUGCAUGAGUCCUGUAUUUCCCAGGAAUUCUUUAAGCUAAAAAGUUGCAUAUGCAAACACCAUACAUUCCUAAAAUGAAAGGGUUGCCCUAAUGCAAUCCAAGAGUAAUUACCAACUUCAUUACCUGUAAUUUUACAGGUUUACUUCAUACCUUUGCACAAGCAUGCCUCAACAAUAAAUGAGUUGUGUAACAUCAAGAUAUGAAAGAGCACUUUGGAAUAUUGCAACUAUUGUGUGUGUGUUUGAUUGACUUAUUCACAAGUUAUAUAUCUAUCUGUCAAAUGCAUGUCAUUGCUGUUUUAAUACCACAAGAUGGUGGCAAACUUGUGGGGUUUCCCUUAGGCAGAACAUCAUGAACUCAAACAAACAUUACAUGCUGAGCGGGACUUUCUACCGUUUCAUCUGUGCUGCUUUUGGCAGAGGGAUAAAGAUUCCUUACUCUAAGAAUGGGGGUUUAGACAUUGUAAGUUUGUUAAUUGCUGUAUAAUUAAAAUGACUGUUUUAUGGUUCAGUCUUCAGAUAACAGACUAAGCACCACUGGUUUUCAUUGUCUAGACAACUGAAGUGUGAUCCAAGAUAAUGGCAGGUAUCAUCCAUUUGGACAUGAAGGGGUAAAAACUUAAAUAAUGGGUAUUUUAGAGACUGCAAUAUAUUGUGUGUAAGAAUUUGCCAGAUUUCCCAGUUUAAAAAGACAAAAUAAAAUUGGCAGAUGCUAUUUUUCUCAGAGUUUACGGUUAGCUGCUCAGCUGCCAAUGUAUUAUACGUUACCAUCAAAUUAAACAAUUUUGUAUAAUCUCAAUAUGAAUGCAGCACUCAUUUCACACCACAUCAUUGUCAAAUUGUUUUGGGGUGACCAAGCAAUACUUAGGCUAAAAUAGUAUAAUCUCUCUCUCUCCGAGUGUGUGUGUGUGUUUACAUCGUAGGC